AGGAGUUUUUGGAUCAACGCAGGUUGCUUGUUACGCUUUUCGUGGUCUCCCCCCCCGCAGCGAUGCCAGCGAUGAAGGGUGCCACGAUGACCUCGGCCGCUGUGGCCUUCGGCCUCGGUGGCGCGACCACCGCCUUCCUGAGCCCCCACAUGGGCGCGGGCCGCUCGGAGGCGCCCCUGGUGCAGGCCGGCGCCGAGCCCGUGGAGCGUGCGGCCGCGGCGCCAGCGUCCGCGCGCGGCUCCUCGGCCGCAGGCCUCGCCGCGGCCGGCGGAGUCGCCGCUCUCGCCGGCCUCGUCGCGCGGCAGUCGCUCUCCGCCCCGAAGAAGCCGUCGAAGAAGCUCCGCCAGGUCGCCGUGUCAGCUUUUGAGAGCGAGACCGGCGUCCAGGCCCCCGUCGGCUAUUGGGACCCACUGGGGCUCAGCGCGGACGGGGACGUGGCGACCUUCAAGCGCCGCCGGGAGACCGAGCUGAAGCACGGCCGCGUGGCAAUGUACGCUACGAUGGGCUACAUCACGCCGGAGUUCUAUAAGUGGCCGGGCUACCUGAGCCCUUCUGCUGGGCUCAAGUUCGUGGACGUGCCGAACGGGCUGGCCGCCUGCAGCAAGGUGCCUGCCGUGGGCUGGCUCCAG